GUUAAACAUCAAUGGGAUUUUCUGCAGAGCCUGCAUCAUAGCGUGUAUAAGUGCGUAGGCAUCACCUUAUAAUGCAUUUCCUGUACACGCGAUGGGCAUGGAUAAAAGCAUGCAAAGUCACCUGUAGUACUCUAUCUAACACGAUUAUGUCCUUCGUGUGGUUCUAUUUGCCUUGUUCUGUUGGCGUUUACAAGUUAGUAAAUGGUCAAAUAUCGCUAAAGUUACUGAAGUAUAUGUCUUAUGAAUAUAUCUCAAUUUGAUUCACUCCCCAUCACGCGACCUCAGAGACAAAAAGUACUUUUAGUCUUGUGUAACAAUUACCCUGUUUAUUGAAAUAAUACGAGGAAAUGUGGUAGUGUAAUGACACUUCUCGUUUCAAAAAAUAUAACUGAUGAAAAUAUACAUACAUGAUAGACAUUCAUUUCGUUCGUUUUUAAAUUGUGACAACGGCAAAUCCUUACCGAGGAAGAAUUCCCAGAAUGAAUUAAAGAAGUCUAAUAUCUAUAACCAAUGAAAGUAAAUAUCUCGAGUAAAAAAUCUCGUUUUAAAGAAGUGAGUUCGAUAAAAAAUGAAGCUAGUCUUCUGUGACGAGUUCUUUCAAUGGUCGAUGGUUCACGUAUAAUUAUUAUUCCUUGUGUACCAUGGAAACAUGUCUUUUAUGACGUGUAUCAGGUCCGGUUGGCGGUUGACAUGCACCGUACCGAAUUCGCUAUAGUCACACGAUCAGUAGACUUCCCUUACAAAUCAAGUUUGUCUGUGAAGACAAUCAUUUCUGGUAUACGAUGAACAUUUACGCAGUGUAUCACUGAAUCAGGUCUGACCAUUCAAAGUUAUAAUCAUAUUGAACUUAACUUUGAUGCAUAUUUUGAGCGACAAACAUGUUUAUCAUUGAUUUUAUAUGCAUGUUUGUUUAAAACCUCGCUGUUUAAGCGCGUAAAAGUUGGACAAAACUUUGAUAUAUACAAACUACUUUGAUUACUGACGGUGAAGCAUACUGGGUGUAACAGCGAGCCUGUUUGAAGUCGAAGAGACAGUGCGACGGGGGCUGGAACCUAGAUUUUACGACGAAGGAGACACAGAAUACGUUGUGAUAAAAUGACAUGAUGCCGGUGUAUGGGAGAAAAAACAGGUGAAUAAUACUUAAGCUUUAAAACAUUCGAGAAGUAGGCUGAAGGAUAUAGUAAAAAUAUAGGCUCAUCCUCCGCUACUGCUUGAUUGAGGGGGAGUUUCAUUGCGAUUCAUCACAAUCUACAAUAUUUGUUAUAGUGCUACCUACUUCAUCAACCACAUCUAAUAGCUAUUAAAAUCUAUGUAUAUAUCUGUGGCUAUUUUUUAUUCAAAUUUCCGCGAUAGACAGAUCCAGCAGCAUGCAUGCAUGAUGCACUUAUAUCAAGCCAAGAUCAAGAAUGCAAAAAUUUUGAUGCGGUUAACCACAACUAUAGGAUGCUGCUAGUUAAUCUUAUAGUUCAUCAUAUGUCGUUGGCAGUUUGAAUAUACCACGUCUUAGGUCAUUAUGCUUGUUUGCUAUUACGAUACGAGUUCCAAGUGGACAGAACUAUGAACCUUUGUAUCUCGCAAUGCCCCGUGUUGUCGAGAAUCAGCGAGCUAAAUUUGAAACAGACCCCGUGCUAAGGCAAUUACAGGAGGAUUGUGAGAUCAGGUACAUUGAUCAUUUUGAAUCCAAUUGGGAGGAAAGACAACUGAGAUUUCGCACAGAAUGUCACGAAGGCUGUUGUAAACUGGGAUUUGUUAGCAAUGGCGUGCAUUUGAACCUGUCCUUUCCAAAAGUUGCUGGGAGUCGAUAUACCUCGUCUGAAUUUGUUGAUUUCAGUCGUGAAAUGGGAAAAGUAUACAUAAAAUGCCCGCUGAUAUUUAACGGAGUCUGCGUUACGUUUUAUGGACUGAUUGACCUCCAAACUUUAUCUGGUGUUGGACAUGUGGAAUUUGAUGAGGUCUUAGCGCAGGUUGAACAUGAUAUCAUGGUGGAAACAUUAAGAAUGAAGAAUUUACCACUACCACAAUAAAACCAAAAAAUACCACUGAAAAAACUAGGUGAUCAGCCUACGCCACUUGAUAUAAAGGUUAGAAGGACUGGAUAAGCAACGGAAACUUAGACGACAAUGAUUUGUAAAUGUGGUUGAUUUGAAAAACCCCCGUAGAACGGGAGAAGUCCUUGGGAGACACCUACUGAUCUACAAACUCUCUUUACAAAGCAAAGCUUCAUAUAUAUUUUAUAUUAUUCGUAUUUACCAAUGAUAUUUACUAUUUAGUACUAAAUUUUCUAUAUUUAUUGCAUUGCAAUAGGAUUAUUUACGUCUUAACAGCAAGGAUAUUACGUUACAAGAAUAUUUAACUUUUGCAGCUGGUAUGAACAAUAGAGGAAGGCCUUAGAAAGGCAAAAAAUGAAAUAAUAUAUAUAGGGAAGAUAGACAUUGAAUAAUUGCAGUCGCCAAAAUGACAAUAUGAUAAUAUCUAGUAAUAGUAUAAAGUAUAAAAGUUAUUAUUUAAAAUGUGAUAAUUUACCAGAUAUCUAAGAUGAAAAUCAAGUUAUUAU